AUGUUUAUUUUUGCCGGAUUUUCACUUCUUUUUUGGGUAUAUUUUUAUUUCUGUGUACCUGAAACUGCAAAUAGAACCCUUGAAGAAGUAGAUGAGAUGUAUUUUAACAAAGUUCCCUUAAGAAAAUUCGGCAAUUAUGAAACGUUUUCUUCCAGAGAAAACAAAGAAGCUUUUGAGAAAGUUACCGCUAAUGAAAAAAGUAAUGAAGUUCUUCAUGUCGAGGAAAUUUAG